CCGGGAUUCAAACGACAAAAACUUGAGCGCAAAUCACGAACCCCGCGCUGGUUUCGGACGGCACCGCCAGUGCCCAAUUUAGGCUUGCGAGCUUAGACGAAGGCGAGGGAGUCGCCUGGCCCACCGAGCACGGUGGUUGGUUUGAGAGUUGUCCCCGAUGAAGGCGCUAGCCGGCUCGGUUCUGCCGGUCAUUGCCGGCGUUGCGGUGCUGGGUCUCGUCCCGGCCGCGCUUGCACAUGGCGAGGAUGAGCACGGCCACGGCCACGAGGACGGCGGCAUGGGCGGCAUGCAAAUGACCGACGCCGACAAGCCGCUGCCCGAAGACCAGUAUCCCCCCACGUACUUUGCGCAUCCAGAACACAGGGUCGCCAUCUACGGGCAUAUUGCCCUGAUGGUGCUCGCCUGGGUGUUUGCGCUGCCUGCAGCCGUCAUGCUGUCUCUCGCGCGCUCGCGCUACACGCUUCUGGUGCAGUUCGGCUUCCUGGCCAUCAACGCCGGCGGCGUGCUGCUGGGCGUCAUUUACAACACGAGCACGCCUGAUUUGUACCCGAACAAUGCGCACUACAAGCUCGGCUGGAUUGUGACGUUCGUUGUAAGCGCGCAGGUGGUGGUGGGCCUGUUGGCUCGGGUCGCGGGCGUGUUUAAGCGAGAGAAGUUGGCCGCCGGGAGCCAUGCCGCGGAGCGCCAAGGCUUCAUCCCGGUGUCCACCGAGGCCAUGGCCGAGCACGAAUCCCGCUUUCCGGGGGCGCCGUACCGCCGCUAUUCCCACGACAGCGGCCAGGGCACCGAGCCGAGGACCGAGUCGCUGCGGAGCCACUCGCUCUCGGGCCCCGAUUGCCCGGCGUCUCCGACGUCCCCGGUUCACGAUGCGCACAAGGAGUACCACCACAGCGAUGACGACGCCGACCCCGACGAGGACCUCGAGGCGCAUCUGCCCUUGUUUUCCAAGUCCACCAAGGCGCACUCGGUGGUUGCGAAGGUCGCUGGCAGGAUCUCGGACCGGUUUUGGAAGGUCCUCAUCUUUGCUUACAACUUUGUCGACCGGACGAUUCUGAUCCUGGGGUUCAUUGCCCUGUGCACGGGCAUCAUCACCUUCGGGCGCUUCUUUGAAGGCGCUGGCAUCUUCAGCGGCUUGGCGCAUUGGAUUAAGGGCGGUGUCUUCUUCUGGCUGGGCAUCUUCACUCUCGGCCGCUGGGCAGGCUGCUUCGGCGAGCUUGGAUGGGCCUGGAAUGUGCGUCCUAGAAGGGCCGGCCAGAAGUGGCGCCCAUCUGCGGAGUUCGUCGAGAGCUUCGCCAUCUUCUUCUACGGCGCUACCAACAUCUUCCUCGAACAUCUCGGCAACUGGGGUGGUGAGUGGAGCUCCCAGGAUUUGGAGCACAUUUCCAUCACGGUGCUUUUCCUUGGCGGCGGUCUGUGCGGUAUGCUCAUCGAAUCAACCCGCAUCCGCAACCUGCUCAACUACACCGUGACCGACGCCGCGCAACAACACAUCCUAGACCGCGACGCCGAGCGCGAUCUGCACGACGCCCUCCGCGAGCCCGAGAGCUACCGCUUCUCCAUGAACCCCAUCCCCGCCCUCGUCAUCCUCCUGACGGGCAUCAUGAUGAGCUCGCACACGCAGGAGAGCAUGAUCUCGAGCAUGGUGCACAAGCAGUGGGGCGACCUGCUGGCCGGCGCCUCCUUCGCCCGCGGCCUGACCUACCUGCUGGCCUGGCUGCGCCCGCCGCGGUCCGUCUACCCGUCGCGCCCGCCCACCGAGCUGCUGACCGCGUUCGGCCUCAUCGCGGGCGGCAUCAUCUUCAUGGCCAGCGCGAGUGAUACGGUCAGCGGCAUGAUCCACUACCAGCUCGACGCCAUGUUCAUGUACACCGUCACCAUGGGCCUGGUCGGCCUGCUGAUGGCCUGGGUCAUCUUGAUGAUUGCCCUCAAGGGCUGGGCCGCGCGCCGCGAGGCGGGUCGGGCUUGAACUAAAGACCCUACCUGCUUUGACGCUGUUCCUGGCGGGAAGCGGCUUGCCGAGAAGGGCAAGUGCUUUCAGACCGGCAUUGUUCUGGAGUUGGCUGGUCUUAGGCGGAUAAUGUGAUGAUGGAGGAGUUGAUGAUGGAGGAGUCGCACGGAUGGAGUCGCAUGGAUGGCGUGGAGGGUUUUCGAUUCUUGUCUUGCUGAGAUACCCCAUUUUUUUCUAUCUAGUUGGAUGAUGCUGA